GGCGAGGGUUUCUCUGACAUGAGCAUAGCAGUGAUAGCUUGACUUGAACGCGGAGCACUGAUCGAGAUGGCCCGUGCUUUGCAUGCCUUGUAUCUGGUCGCUUUGUGUCUUACGAGGUUACUUCUCUCGGCGGCGGCGAACAACACCUGUACGUUGGCGCCAUUGGGAGAGGGUGAAGAUGAUACGGAUCAGAUUGAGGCCGCCAUCGCGCAGUGUGGUCACUAUGGCACGGUCACCUUCGCUCCGGGCGAGUACAUCGUCACAAGGAAGAUGACCUGGGACUUGGUAGAAUCACGAGUAGACCUGCACGGCUACCUCAACUUCAAAGCGGACCUGCCUUACUGGAUGAAGCCCGAAAACACGUACCGCGUCAUCUUCGUACAGAGUCAGGCGUCCUGGUUCGUGAUCACCGGGCACGACUUUGUCGUCGACGCGCACAAUACGGGCGGGAUUAUCGGGAAUGGACAGUACUGGUGGUCGUGGUACGGCAACGGCACGCGCAUCGACGGGGAUGGACGCCCGGUGUCGCUCACGGUGUAUCGCGCGGCGCGCGCGGCGAUCAAUAACUUUAGGAUCGAGAGCCAGCCCUUCUGGUGCAAUGCGGUUGUCGAGAGCGAGGACGUGGUGUAUGAUGGGAUGUAUUGCAAUGCGACGAAUGCGGACCCUACGUACUUCAACCAGAACAUUGUGUGGAACACAGAUGGUAUCGACACGUACAGGUCCAAUAAUAUAUCCUUGCUGAACUUCGACAUCACGCUUGGAGACGAUUGCGUUGCUAUCAAAGGCAACUCGACAAAUAUAUAUGCCAAGAAUAUCACCUGCACAGGCGGUACAGGCAUCGCAUUCGGGUCUCUGGGGCAAUACUACGACCUGAUCGACAACGUCGAGAACAUUACGAUAGAGGACGUCACCAUGAUGCGGCCGGACCCUGUCAUCCAGCCGUACAUGGAGCAUGGGAUUUAUUUCAAGUCUUGGACGGGAACAACGAUUGGGUUCCCACCGGCCGAGGGAGGCGGAGGACGGGGCCAUGUCGCGAAUGUCACCGCGCGCAACUUCCAGCUUGACAAUGUCACAUAUCCCAUCCAGCUGUACCAGACUAACUCUGGACACCCAGGAGACGCGCCAUCAGAAUAUCAUUUUGGUGACAUGAUCUUUGUGAACUUUACCGGCACAUCGUCGACGAGUCUGUUGGUUGAUAUGGAAUGCAGUCCAGCGUCGCCAUGCACGGGGCUUAUUUUCAAUGAUAUCGACGUUGCACCGCCCACCGGGGAGACGGCAACAUUUAAUUGCUUCAAUGUCAGAAGCCAAGUGGGACUCGCUGCAUGCAACACGUCUGCGCAGGCGUAAAUGAUGGGAAUGACAGCGGCACGUCUUGCUUCUCAUUGUGUAAAUCACGAAUCAAAUGUGGCGGUUUAAUUGAGCGAUGCCAUCUCUCGCUUUGACAUUGUCCCCCGGUCGCACGGGCCUGCGAGUGUAGGCUAUGGUUGGAUCGUCCAUACGAGUGUUUCUGACGGUCUCCUGGCAAUGCACGCGCAGCCACGCUAUUCGAUUCGCA